AACUAUAUGUGGCAUAAAUAUAAGUGGCAUAAAUAUUAUGAGCCACAAAAUAAUAUUGUUGCUUGUUUUUCUUUUCCCCUUAAAUCCCAUUCGUAUUUCUAAUUUCUAAAAAUGCCUUGCAUCUCCUGUUUUAGAAAGAAUGAUGGUACCGAUAUUGUACUCCUAAAAGUCUUGUCUGUAAUUAGCAUUGCCUCAUCAUGCUGAAAUAAUACUUCUUAGCAUUUCUUAAUUCUUAAAGCUAUUUCUGUGUUGACGGUUUGUAUAAAAAGAUCUCUGUCAUUCUAAUUCAUACAAAUUUAUCUAUUUAAGAAUGGGGUCUAAUCAGACUCUGAGUAGGGAAGCCAUCAUUGACUUCACUGCAGGUGCCAUCGGAGGAACAUGUUGUGCAUAUGUUGGACAGCCACUGGACACAAUUAAAGUGAAAAUGCAAACAUAUCCAAAUUUGUAUACAAAUAGUAUCAAAUGUGCUUCGGAUAUUUUCAGAAAGCAAGGGUUUCUUCAGUUUUAUGCCGGUGCCGUCCCAGCUGCUGCUGCAAAUAUUGCUGAAACAUCAGUUUUGUUUCUUUGUUAUGGCCAGUGUCAGAAAGCUGUUUCGUAUGUUGCUGGUACGGAUAAAGAUCACAUGACGACACUGUUAAAAGCCACGUCUGGAUCAUUCGCAUCAUUUUUUGCAGCAUUUGCGUUGUGUCCUUUAGAACUUGUCAAGUGCAGAAUGCAAACCUUACAAGAGUUUAAAGGCACACACAAAAACAUCACACCUUUUACGAUCGUUAAAGAUGUGUUGAAGAGAGAUGGACCACUUGGAUUUUAUCGUGGUAUCACGUCGACGGUUUUACGCGAAGUUCCUGGUUAUUUCUUUUUUUUUGGAGGUUACGAAACAACUAAACGAUGGCUGUCGAAAGAUAAGGACAAUAAUGAAGAUUUAGGUCUGCUUCGAACGAUACUAGCUGGUGGUGUAGGUGGUAUCUCCAUAUGGGGUGCAAUAUACCCAUUCGAUAUUAUUAAAUCAAGAAUGCAGGUAUAUUCUGGUGGUGGUAAACCGAUUGGAUUUCUAGAUACAGCUCGCAUGAUUGCAAAGGAAGGAGGUAUACUGUCGUUUUACAGUGGCAUCGGACCGACAUUGUUUCGUGCGUUUCCAGCGUGUGCCGCAUUAUUCGUUGGUUAUGAAUACUCAAAAAUAUUAUUGACAUAUAUCGCAGAUCGAAAAGAGCUAUGACAACACCGAAAGCACUGUAGAAUAAAUGUACCAUUGUCGAGCUGAAGCGACGUUAUUGACAGUGCUACCCAGUGUUUUUUUGAUAGGAAAAGUUAAACAAGCACAUCUGUAAAAUGUAGUCAACUCUACUCGCGAAAAUUACGACAAAUAGGUCAGACUUUUAUCCAUAAUGCAAAGAUGGAAGAACUAUCGAUGAGCGAUUAUUUGUAUCUUUAUGCGUUUUUUAUUUCACAUUUUUAGUAGUUUUUUUUAACUUAAUGCAAAUAUAAAUUUGUUAUUUUAGCAUGUAAAUUUAUUAUAACAUUUUUUUAAUUGUUAAUUUUCUUGAAAACCCUCCUGAAUUAUUAAUAUACGUAAAGUUACUAUUAGAUCAUUUUUUAGUCCCCAGCUUUCUUGUUUUUAAAAUGGCGAACAUGCUCGCGUUCUGUGGGGCAUUUUGUGUAGGUAUAAUGCGUUGCAUAAGGGAAGAAUUUUUUUUUCUUUUUACUUUUUAAACACAUUUUUUCAUUACUUACGUUAUUUAUAUCUUUAUGUAAUAUAUAAUUUUCACUCAUCUAGAAAUACGUUUUACCACGAAAGAAUUAUUUAGUAGAAAGAUUAAUAACAUACAGAAAUAUAUUUUAAAUAACCAAA